CAGUUUGACAACUUAUAUAUUGAUUUGUAUGGAGUUUUGGAAAAAUGCAACCUUCUCCUUUCUUUUGAUCCUUUCGCUUUCCGAUACCACAGUACUUUGUGUUGGAUUAACUCGGAAGUGGAUUAUAGAAAUGUUUGAAACUGACGUCAGAACACUGACUGAUAUCGGAUGCAAGAUCAAUUUGUUUAUGGUCUACUUCUCCAUGCACUUAUCUUCCUGGACUUUAGUUUGUGUAACAGCAGAGCGUUUUGUAAAAGUUCGGUUUCCGUUACAGUUUGUAUCGACAAGUAUAUCAUUAAAAAUUAUUUGUGGUUAUAUCUGUAUGAUUGUUAUAUGUAUUUGCGCUGACUGUCACUUUUUCUGGACUAAUGGUUUGAUUACAACUGAAAACAGAACAACAUUAUGCAAUAACACAUCCGAUGAAUAUUUUAUCUUCGAGGAAAAAUACUAUACUUUUAUAGAUUUAGCAUUGCUGUCUUUAAUUCCUUUUAUAAUGAUGUUAACCAUGAACAUUUCAAUGAUGCAAAUUUUGCAGAAAUCAGCAUUAUUUCGUGCAAAGUCGAUGCCUGGUUGUGAAAGUAGAUACAAUAAUAACGAUAAUAGCCAUAUUUUAACAAAAAUGCUGAUCUUUACGAAUGUUUAUUUUCUGUGUUCGACAUUGCCGAUUUCAAUUAUUUUUGUUGUUGAUUCAUAUGUUCAGAACAUUUCGUCGGAUUAUAGUCAUUCACAGCUUAAUCUAGCGACGACAGUUUUAUAUUUAUUCCAAUACUCCAACUAUACAGUAAAUUUCUACAUAUAUAUUACAAUAAACAAACAUUUCCGACGUUGGCUGCCUAAGUGUAAAAUAUGUAUUCCAAUCAGGAGAACGCAUCAUCAAUCUCAACAAAAUAAUGCGAUAGUUUCAUCGACAAAUCUGUGACCAAGGAUAUUAUAUUACAUUCUACGUGUGUCUACAAAACUAUUUUCGCGGAAUUUUGAUUUGAGGUUUUUAUUACCAAACUGUAAAAAAAGUUUUUUCAUGUUUUUCUCAUCUGGAACUCAUAUCUUCUUUCAAGAUGAAAUUUACGCGCGGAAUGAUUUAU